AUGUGCGAGGCAGGGCUGAUCGCACCGGAGCCCUCCGGCCCCAUGCAGUACUAUGGUGAGUCGUCCGACACCUACUACCACGUGGACCGCUGGCAGAGGCUGCGCACGGCUGUCAGGAAGCUGGAGUUCUGGGAAAACUUCAACGCCGAGCUGAUAGGCAGCGGCUUCUUCUCCAAGGUCUAUAAGGUGACCCAGGCUGCUGCUUGUAAAGUGAUGGUGGUGAAGAUCUACAAGAACGACGUGGACCAAGAGGUGAUUGUGCGUGAGAUCAGCCUGCUGCAGAAGCUGUCCCACCCCAACAUUGUCAGAUACCUUGGAAUAUGCGUGAAGGAUGACAAGCUGUACCCCAUUCUGGAGUACGUGAAUGGGGGUUGCCUGGAGGAGCUCCUGGCCAGCAAAGACAUCGCUUUGUCGUGGAAGGAAAAAGUGGACUUAGCUUCUGACAUCACCAGAGGCAUGAUCUACCUGCACUCCAAGAACAUCUACCACCGAGAUCUCAACUCCAAGAACUGCCUCAUUCGAGUGACGCCGCGGGGCCGCGAGGCGCUGGUGACUGACUUCGGGCUGGCCAGGGAGGUGGUGGAGCUGCCUGUGAAGGAUGUGGAGAGGAAGCUGUCUCUGGUGGGCUCUGCUUUCUGGAUGGCUCCUGAGAUGCUGCGGGGAGAGCCCUAUGACCGGAAGGUGGACGUGUUUUCCUUCGGCAUUGUCCUCUGUGAAAUCCUGGGCAGGAUCCCAGCUGACCCCGAAGUGCUUCCCAGGACUCAGGAUUAUGGCUUGGAUGUUGCUGCCUUCCAAGGGAUGAUCAGCGAAUGCCCUAAGCAGGUGAUGGACCUCGCUGCUAGCUGCUGUCGGGUGGAAGCAUUUAAGAGGCCAUCUUUCUCCGAAAUCCUGGAUGAGUUGGAGGAUGUCGCGGAGAGCCUGGAGCCUAGGAGGGACAAUCAGCUUUCAGGCUGAGCUGCCUGCCUCCUGUGAGGCUUGGCAGAGAAUCGCCCAAACUGUAAAUUAACUGUCUGGGGGGUCAGGAGUGAAGAAGGAAGGUGGGGAAGAGAAGAGCUAAGUGAUGCGCUGGUGUUUAUUUAAUCAUAAUGUCGGUCUCUAAUUUCCUGGAUGGAAAACAUGGUUAAAAAUGGAGAAGGGACUUACCAAGGGUAUAUUUCUCCUAGCUAAGGUUUUUAACAGAUGUAAUUAGGACACCGAGCAGCCUUUGUCUGUUUGCUUGUUAAAAGCAAAUGAUCCUGGAGGGACCUGAAUUCCCUUGAGGAUGCUUUCCAAAUCCCCAACAUAAACAUCAUCCUCUCCUGCUUCCCCGUGCCCCCCGGACCCAGGGCCUUCCCCUUCUCCAUCCCCAGGGCCUUGAGGAAUCGCCUCUCGGGGGGCUGGGGUCUGUGUGGUGUGAAGGAGAGGGGCUUUGGGGUGCUUGGUGAGCCUCGGAGUCGCCUUAUAUU